AUGCCCGAUGCCAACGGGAAAUUUCUCCCAAUUUAUGUUCUCCAGUCCCUGCAUGUGUAUGCCUUGCCAAGUAUGUGCCUAUAUUGCUCAAUUUAUCGGCUUUUUGGGUGGAGUUUAUUUCUAUCCGAUUCGCAGUGUUUUGAGCUUUCAGUAAAGUCGUUACUUAAUCAGAGAGCUUAA